GAAGAGCCGAUGAGACUUAGGAAAUAAAAAAGAAAACAAGAAGAAAAAAAAAUAAAAAAGGGAAAAAAGUCAAUAAAAAAUAGGAGGGGUGGGGGGAGCAUCUAGGUUUAGUUCCCAGUUCCUGGGAGAUGGUUUAUUUCUUCUUUAUAGGAAUCAAAAAUAUAUUUGUCAUUUACCAAAUUAAAUAAAAAUAAUCCUAGCAUUAAAUUAUUUUUAGUACAUUAAGAGUUACGUUCUUAUGGGCAAUAAUCUAUUUGUAACACUGUAAUGGAGUAACUGGCAAUUUCAUACAGCUUCGGGAUCGAUUUUUUCCUAUUUGCCAUGUACCUAUGCAAAUAAAUAUCCCAUUUGAUUCAUGUCCAUAUAGUAGGAUCUGCCUGCUUCUUUCUUACUCCUUUAAUAUUUAAUUAUUUAAAACAAGGAGAAAUCUCACGGGAAUUUUUGUCUUAAAAAAUAGCUGACUUUUUCUUGUCAUCCGAGAAUAACAGAAAAAAGAUGUGAAAAUCUAAUUCUUUUUAAGUCCUAAAACUGAAACUCAAAUAAGGACGAGGAGAAAAAAAAUCUUAAACCCCAGAAACCAAACUUCCUCCCCUCCCUUUUUACAUGAAUAUUCUGAGUUUUUACUGUAGCUAUUCAUAGUCAUACCUAAAUGUAGUCUAUAAAUCUACUAAUAUAUUAUUUAACACUCUAACUACUGGUAUAAAAAUUAUAAAAUAUUCUGUUGGCAAUACAUUUAAUUGAAUUCUUUUUAGAGACAGCUUGUUACUGCCAGACAUGCUUUUAGAGAUAGUACGGAGAAAUAAAAGAAUUCCAGAAGGCAGUAAAACAAAUAAUCACCAUUUUCACCAUUACUUCCAGAUACCCUCCUAUCCAGUCACUAAAUCCUUUAAGUCUAAAUCAAAGAGUUUCCGUGAACAAAAUUGCACAGAUAAUUUCAAAGAAUAUAAAAAUUACGUCGAUGUUUUAUUUGAAGAGAGAAAUUGAAAUUCACACAGUACUCUACAGGCUGAGACGUCCGAGGAGUUAUUAGAGGAAAAACAGAAGUAAACCAGGCUAGUUUAGCCUGAACUUUAGAGGCCUAUUUCAAAAUGAUCAGGGUCAAUGCAAAUCCUUUUCUUAAUUGCAAUGUGCUUGUGCCUCUAAAAGUUUGAAGCAUUGUCCUUCUUCUUAGUCUCUCUGCUGAUUUUUAUUAUCAGGUAUCUGCAAGAUUCUCUGAGACAUAGGAGUAAUAAACAAUAUUAUAAACCAUUCAAAGCAAGCACUGCCUUUUAUUAUUUUUAUUACUUUUUUCCCCAACAAUGCAACUUACACAUUGGGUUUGAACUACCUCAGCACAACUCCCUAAUCAGAGAAAUAUCUGUAGGGGUUAGUGAGGUUUUUUUCACUGUAACAUCUGAACGCUGACAGAUCUGCUGAAAAGAAAAGAGGUCAGUAGUGCUGCUCAGCACAGGCCAGGGAUAUUCAGCUUCCACUGGUCACACACUUCAGUUUGGUGGGUGCCAGGAUGACAAGAUUUGGGGACAAGCAAGGGAUUGGGCUGGGGAUGCUGAUCAGGUGAAGGCUCCCCCAGCACAUCCCCUGCCAGGAGGCUUCUUGCCCGGCACAGCCCCACUGAGGCAUGGAAGGCUUUGGUCCAUAACUGGUUAAAAAUCUGCUGGGUCCAGGGUGGGGUGGGAGGUAAUUAUCUGCAGCUUGAAAACUUUAGGAUGAAGGUUCCCUUUUAAAUCUAAGAUGGGGCAGAACUGGUGUGGGGCUGUGAGGGCUCAGUGGAAUGGUGACAGUCCUUACCCACCUUCCGAGAGCUGCUGUUUACACUCAGCCAGUUUGGGAGAUCAGGCAGGAGACAGGCAGAUAUCUUGCUCCUAUGUGGCAAGGAAGUAAUUUUUGACAGGCAAGUCUACACUGUCUCCUGGCAGCAAGCACCAAGCAGACAUGCCAGAUAUUUGGGCAAUUUUGCCAGAAUAUUAUCCUGGGGGUUGAUGUGCACACAGCAUGGAUGCACAUCCCUCCAUCAUCAGAGCAGCUCUUCUUGCAGAGUAUUCAUCUGAGGCAAUUCAUUACCCCAAACGGGACGUCUGGACAUGGCUCGGAGUUAAAAUGUGUUCUCAGGCCGUGUGGGGAGCCAUGGCAUGGCAUGGAGGCACUGAGGGCCAGCCAGUCACACAGCCCUCCACACACAGGGAGCCCCUGGCUGUCCCUCCCUCCAUCCAGACCUCAUCCCUCUGGUCCUGUCCUCCAGGGCACCCUGUGCUUCCCUUCCCAGUACCCAUCCAGAUGCUGACAGAUGCCAAGAGGUAUCUGCAGCCACCUAAAGCCUCUGCACAAGAUGUAAAAGGAGUAACACAGGUUGGGCCAGGGGCUUGUGGCUGGUGGGCUCAGUGGGAGCCAGACCGGUGAGGGAGAGGUACAGCCAGGUGUGCCCAGGACGUGCUGGGACAGCCAGGUUUUACCACAACAUUCAAGUUUUUCCACUUCCAGUCCCUUUCCCUUGCAGUGAAGACCGAAUCAGAACACAAACACUCAAAUUUACAACAAGUAAAAAUAAAAAAGAAAGCAAGAGAAGGGAGCCCCGACGAGCACUGCAGCACCCCUCUCCCUGCCAUUCCCAUACACCCAGCUGCUGCUCCCUCUUGUCCUCCCAGCCGGAGCCCAUGCCUCGUCCGAUACCCAGGAAAACAUUUUGUUCUGCGUAAAAGGCUAAAGCUAACACAUGACCAGCGAGAGGCAGCAGUUUGUUUAGCUCUUGGAGUUUAUUUUAAUUGCGGCCUUGUUUUGUAAUGAGGACGGCUGCAGCAGGGGGAGCCUGCUGGGAUCCGGGGGGCUGUUCCAGAGGAGUUUCCUUAUCAAUAAAAAGAACUCUCAACUAUUUAAAUCAACAACAACUGCAUGGCAUGCAUGUUCAGCUGCUUUGUUUUCUGGGAAGUUAAACUGCACCCAUUUGCUUAUUCAGGAUCUCAGUGGCUGGCCAGGAUCACAAGUCCCCUCCAAGUGCCACCUUUCACAUCCCCAACCACCACCAGGGAGGAAUGAAGACGAGAGAAACGGGCCCCGUGUUCAUGCUGACAGACACAAAACAGCCUGGUAAACCUUAGUAGUUUGUUAUGAUGAUGCAUGAAAAAAAAGGAGGAAAAAAAUUUAAAAUCAUGUGAUUUUUAUGCAAAUCAGAUGAAUUGGACGGUUUAAAAAAACCUUAAAUGUCAGGUAGAUAAGAUCACAUACACCUAGAGCAGUGUCAUGAUGUUCUCUGUACAUUACAUUCAUACUGGAAACCAAAACGUGUUACAGAAAUCAGACACCCACAAAAAGCUCUGAGAUUGCACUGAGAACAGGUUCCUGCAAAGCACCGGCCUCUGACAAAAAAAAAAAAAAAGGCAAAAGAAAAAAAGUAGGUUAGAUUAGAAAACAAGAUAGCUGAAUUCAGGCAGGGACUCGGCUGUCCCUGCGCAGCCUGGCCUCGCUGCAUUUGCAUUAAUAUGCACAAAACUCCUUUUAAGUAACGUUCAUGCAGUGGCACCCAGCUCCAAAAUGGGCAGGCUGUUCCUAAAACCCAUCCUCGAGGGCUGUGGGGAAGCGGAGAGGUUCACAGGCUCUCUUCUGUCAGGCCGAACUUUUCUCUCUUAGACACAUUUUUAUUUUCCCUUUAAAAGUCCUGGCAGUUAUUUUUGUGUGAGGAUGGGGAAGCCUUAUGGCCUGAAGGAGUUAAUUUCAAAAGAAAAAAUUAUAGUGGGGUACUGUUUAUUUAAGCAGUGUUUUGUAGAACACAAGGCAUUUCUUUCCAGGGGUGCGGCUCACCUGGGAAAAAUACGCACUGGCCUCGAUAUACCAUAAAAACCUGCUCUGUGUCCCCUAGAGGGAAACGACCCAAGCCCGGGGACUCCCCUCACUGCCAAGUAGCACCUCCAGCCCCGAGGCCCUUCCACAUCCAACUGCAGCUCCCAGGGAUGGCUGAAUAAUUUCACACUGCUCUGUGCCCUGCACGCCAGCACACAGGCAGAGGGGUUGUUUUUCAUCCCAGGAGCUUUGCCAGGGGAGGACAUGAAGAAGCUGGAGAGGGACAGUCCGUGGGAGGGUGUGAGGCACCUGUGGCAAUGCCCAGCUCUGCUCCUGCUCCUUGGAGCUGCUCCUGCGUGACCAAAAUACCCCUGCCAGCUCCAAGGGGAACCAUUUCGCAGCAGCACCAGCCCUGUUCCAGCACUGCCACCACUUUGCGGUGUGGCACUGGGGGGUUCAAACCCUUGUCUGGGUGAGGAGCUCCCUGCAGCACAGAGGGUGUUUUUGGGAGAGGGGUGCGUGGGGCUGAUCCCCCAGCGGGGCUGCCACAGCCUCCCACAGGCAGGGCCGAGCUCCUCCACGUGCCACACAGGCACCUCGUGGGUGUGCAGGAGCCACGCCGAGCCCGGGGCUGCUGACAAACGUCCCACAGCCAGCAUGGGGCUGCCGGUGGCUUUCCACACUCCCACCAGCGACCCUCCCCACCACGGGGUCACCAUUCUCCCCCAAAGAGAAAACACUUGCGGAGGCAGGGGAAGCUGUCCCACCGGGACGCUGCCACCCUGGCAGCCACCACCACUGCCAGCGGCUGCCGUGCUUGUCCCCAGAGCUGGGACGGGCAAAGGAAGAGCGUGUCAAGGCCGCACUCAGCAAAGAUCCCUCUGGCCAGUGGUGGGAGAGGGCUCCCAGGAAAAUGACUCCAUCCCCAGCUCCCUGGAGCCCCCAGCGAGGCAGCACAGGGACCGCUGGUGCUUUUGGGGCAGCAGGAAGCAGUGGGGAGCAGAGGCGGGUGGCAAGAGCCCGUGGGUAGCUGCAGCUGGGCCCUGAGUGACAGCGAGGGAGCAGGAGAAGUUAUGACACCAAAGCAGAAAGGCCAAAAACUCAGCAAAGGCGCCCAGGCCGCUCAGCUCCCAGUCCGAAAGGGAUGCUGCUGGCUGCUCCCUAUGUCCCCGCAACGAGGCGGGUUAGGAUGGAAAUUCUGAUGCAAGCCCGGCUUGGCUGUGGCCGGGCGGAGUGAGAAAUCUUCCCCCGUAAGAGUGCUACUUGAACGGAAGCUGUGCUCGACCUCGGGUCUCCACCAAAAAUCCCCCAAGCGGCAGCCCUCCCGCCGCCGCUGCCGGGCGUCCCGCGGGCGCGGGGCUCGCUGGGCUCCGGCUAAAGCGAAAGCGUCACACGCUGCAGAGAAAUGACAAACAGAACAGAGCUGUCGCCCCCAACACCCCCUUCCUUUGGGUUUCAGUGCUGGGGGAAAAGGAAAAAAAUGAAACCGAAUCAAAAUCCCGGAACGGAGUUGCUGCUCGCGGGUCUGUCCCUCCUUCGGUCACUCGCAGAGCCGGGAGCUCUCUCCCUGCCCCGGGCCGCACAAACCACACGGCUCCGGCUGCACCCGCUCCCUGGGAAUCCCAUACUGCGUUUUACCCACAGGGAAGCCGUCUCUCCAGCACAUCUGUACCACCUCAAGUGUCUCGGGAGUACCAUCCCUGUCUUGCCACCGGGCUAUUUUUAAUGACGAGCCGUAUUAGCACAAGGGCUUUCUUCCUAAUUUAUUACCCCCCCACCGCCGGGCCGCCCAACCUCCUUGCUUUGAAAUGUUUCGGUUCAAGAGCUCAGCUGAGAAAUCAAAAUAAAGGCAGCACCCGGGCGCUCCGCGUCCGAGGCGGCCGCUCCGUGGGCUCCACAGUGCUGGAAUCAGUAGCUCCGAGCAACUGCACCAGUGUGGAGCGAGGGCACCGUGACCUGCGGUGGUUAUUCUCGUAAACAAAUUUCUAUUAAUCACCAGGGCCCGGGAAUGCCUUCACAGCCCGGAGCGUGCCUUCCCCCGCUCCCCACCAGCCCGGCCGGCAGCUCGCAGCCCGAAAACCCGUCCGGGAGAGCGGAAUGAGCGAUGUGAACCACCCCCGGAGCCGAGCCUUGCUGCAGGCCCCCAGGAAAGAAACAGGCGAGGCGGGGGGACAGGGGCAGGGAUGCCCAGAUUUCCAUCCGCGGAGCUGCGGCUGCACAGGGGAAGGCUGGGGUGACAGGUCCCCUCCUUGCCCGCCCUGCGGAACCCACCCGCGACACCGACUGCGAGCCUUCGCAUUAUUCCCCCCUCCCACCUCCCGGCAAAGGCCUCUGCCCAGCGAGACGCAAAAAAAGUGCAGAAAUAAAAUCCCUUUCCAGAAAAGCCGAAGCGAUUUUGCAUCCCCCAGCACAGUACAACAAUUCCAUACAAGCAGAAUAUUUAUAGACUUACAGGUUAUUUUGCAACAAUAACAAAACAGCUACACAGAAUUAACCCACCACUUGAGUGUCCUGGAAAGGAAAAGAGAACACGGAUGGAAAAAAAAAAAUAAAAGAAGAAAAAAAUCAUCAAAAUGGUUUGUUUUUAAAGAAAUAAAAAAAAAAAUAAAUAAAACCAAAAAUUAAUAUGGGGAGCUCAUGGGGAACCAUCUUUAAGGAAAAAGCUUCUUUCCCCAAGAGUAAAUCCCAUUGGAGGCCCUGAGCCGAGUGUGGCUGUUUGCAAAAUUUAAUUUAAAAAAAAAAAAAGGCUGAAUGAGUGAAAAAAUAAUUAAAGGAAAAAAGCAAAAUUCCAGAACAAUGCAGCUGGCUCCUGGCUUUGCUCGCUGGGCUGUUUGGUUGCUUUGGGAUGUUUUUUAAGGGGGGGAGGGUGCUUUAGAAACGCAAAAGUGCCCCCCCGCCCCAGAGUAAAUAAAUAAAAAAAAGAUAAAUUAUAAUUAAAAAUACAUAUAUAGAGAUAUAAAAAAAAUAAGUAAGAGGCGCAAAAAAAAGCCAGAAGCGGAGGCUGGUGGUGGCAGGGGUGUGAUGUGUGUUUGCACCGCCCGGAGCUGUGCCCGGGACCCCCCGUUUUCCUCUCCCGCCGCUGUCGCUGUCGCCGCCGCCGCUCGGUCCGGUCCGCGCCGCGCGCGCUGCUCCGCGCCCGCGCGCCCCCCACGUCACCGACAGCACCCGCCGCCACGUGACCCGCCGGCCGGGCGCGACCACUGCUGGAAGGGGGGAACGGGGAGGGGGAUGAACGGGGGGCGACACCGUGAGACCCCCGCCGCCGCCGCGGCCCCCCCGGGGUGCGCGCCCCCACCGCGCUCUGCCCGGUGUCGGCCUCCCCGGGGGGGAGCGCGCACCGGGAGCGGCGCGGCGCCGCGGAAGGCGCGGAGGGGGGAGGUCCGUGGCCCUCCCCAUGCCGAGCGCGAUGGUAGAGUCCGCAGCUCAAAUUCCGAGAAUUGGGCUCUGUUGAUUCUUAGAACUGGGGUUCUUAGAAGUGGUGAUGCAAGGAGUUUCUAGGAAAGCCCGGAGACCAGGUUUGAAAGAAACUUUUGGACUGUGAAUUGAGGCAUUGGACUCAAGAUGGCCUCGCCGGCAGACAGCUGCAUCCAGUUCACGCGCCACGCGAGCGACGUCCUCCUCAAUCUCAACCGCCUUAGAAGCCGGGAUAUCUUGACCGAUGUUGUCAUCAUCGUGAACCGGGAGCAGUUCCGAGCCCACAAAACAGUCCUGAUGGCCUGCAGUGGCCUCUUCUACAGCAUCUUCACUGACCAGCUCAAGUGCAACUUGAAUGUUAUCAACCUGGAUCCUGAAAUUAACCCUGAGGGGUUUUGCAUCCUCUUGGACUUCAUGUACACCUCCCGCCUGAACUUGAGGGAGAACAAUAUCAUGGCUGUGAUGGCCACAGCACUCUACCUGCAGAUGGAGCACGUGGUUGACACCUGCCGAAGGUUUGUCAAGUCUAGUGAAGCAGAGAUGGUGUCUGCUGUGAAGACCCCAAGGGAAGAGUUUUUGGCAGGACGGAUGCUGGGCCACCCAGAGGUGAUGGCUUAUCGGAGCAGAGAUGUCUCAGAGAAUGGCAUGCCUCUUCAAAACGGCUCUCUCUGCAACGGGAGGGCCUUCGCACCUGGCUUGAUCAACAGUUUGUCUGGAUCCCCCAUUUCCUACCAUGGAUACAGCCCUCUCCCUCUAAAUAGCUUCCUAGUGGAUGAUGAGUUGCGGGAGAUGAGGAUGCCUCUCUCUGAACUCUCAAGGGCAGGUGCCUUCCCCAAGGAGAGGAUCCUGCCGUGCGACAGCUCCAGGACAAUCCCCACCGAGUACGUGAGAACCAUUACCGACAUCUCUGCCAACAUGUGCCACGCCACCAUCUAUGCUCCAAAAGAAGGUGCUGCUGAAGAAGCCAGGAGUGACAUGCACUACAGCGUGGCUUCUGGGCCCAAACCUGUCAUCCCUUCAGUCCGGAACAACCCCUACUUCCCUUGCGAUAAAGUGGCCAAAGAGGAGGAGCGGACCUCUUCAGAGGAUGAGAUCAGCCAGCACUUUGAGCCCACCAACACACCCCUGGACCGCAAGGGACUCAUCAGCCCUCAGAGCCCACAGAAGUCAGAUUGCCAGCCCAACUCACCAACUGAGUCCAGCAGCAGCAAGAAUGCCCGUAUCGGCCAGAACUCCAGCUCCCUCUUCACCAAAAGCCCCACAGACCCCAAAGCCUGCAACUGGAAGAAGUACAAGUUCAUUGUCCUCAACUCUCUCAACCAGAACACCAAGCAAGACAGCGCUGACCAGAACGAGAUGGGAACCCUCUCUCCUCGCACCUACGUGCCCAUGUCCACUUGCCAGCAGUCCAUGGAGCCGGAGCAUCUCAAUGUGCAAUCCCCCACCAAGAUAAGCGUGAAUGGUGAAGACUCUACAAUCCCACAAGCAAGCAGGCUCAACAAUAUUGUUAACAGGUCCCGGGAUGGGUCCCCUCGGAGCAGCGAAGGGCAGUCCCCACUGUACAUGCAUUCAUCGAAGUGCAGCUCCUGUGGCUGCCAGUCCCCACAACAUACUGAGAUGUGCCUUCAUACCCCUGGCUCAAACUUUGGAGAAGAGAUGGGGGAAACCCAGUCUGAGUACUCUGACUCCAGCUGUGAGAAUGGAGCCUUCUUCUGCAACGAGUGCGACUGCCGGUUCUCCGAGGAGGCCUCUCUCAAGAGACAUUCUCUGCAAGUGCACAGUGACAAGCCCUACAAGUGUGACCGCUGCCAGGCCUCCUUUCGCUACAAGGGGAACCUCGCCAGCCACAAAACCGUCCACACAGGAGAGAAGCCGUACCGCUGCAACAUCUGCGGGGCGCAGUUCAACCGACCAGCCAACCUGAAAACCCACACACGCAUCCACUCUGGGGAGAAACCCUACAAGUGUGAGACUUGUGGGGCCAGAUUUGUCCAGGUGGCCCACCUGCGUGCUCACGUGCUCAUUCACACCGGGGAGAAGCCGUACCCCUGUGAGAUCUGCGGCACACGCUUCCGGCACCUGCAGACCCUCAAAAGUCACCUUCGAAUCCACACAGGAGAGAAACCAUACCAUUGUGAGAAGUGCAACCUGCAUUUCCGCCACAAAAGCCAGCUGCGGCUGCACCUGCGGCAGAAGCACGGGGCCAUCACCAACACCAAGGUGCAGUACCGCAUCUCGGCCAGCGAGGCGCCUCCCGAGCUCCCCAAGGCCUGCUGAAGGCACCGGAUUUCCCUGGAGGAGGUCGUCUGGGGGGGCAUGGCGGGGAGAAGCUGUCCAAAGGAUGCUUGCAACACUUUAAAAGAGAAAAAAAAAAAAAAAAGAGAGAGAAAAAAUAUUCAUCACAUGAUGGAGUGCCUCUAAACCCAUAGUACAGAUAGGUGGAAAAACAUUAGAAAUUUAAAAAAAAAAAUUACAAAUACACGGGUUUUAUUUUUCCCAGUUAUGUGAAACAAAAAGAAAAAAUAAAAUUAUUCAGAUCUUACUGUAUAUAAAACAUUAAAAAAAUUUAAAAUAGUCAUUUUAAAUGUCUGUGCAGUGGAGUGUUGAUAAACUCUGGAGUCUAACCUUCACAGCCUUUGCCGUUUGAAGAUGAGGAAUGUAAUGUUGAUUUAUGGGAACAGAUUUUUUUCUUUUGUAUGCAAAAUGUGUGUUCUUUUAAAGAGAAAGUAUGCUAUUAAAGAGAGGGCUUUAACUUUUUUAACCAAAGGUGAAGGAAUCUAUGGCAGAGUUGUAAAUAUAUAUAGAUAUAAAUAUAUAAAUAUAUAUAUAAAAUAAAUAUAUAUAGACCUUUAAAAAAGCUAUAUUAAAAAUAUAUAAAAUGCAUUAAAGGCUCAGUUGGACUCUGCAGGCAGAAGCCACUCUGAGAAUCUUUAUUAUGAUAGAGCACUUAAGGAGAUAUUUUAAAGUAUUGCAUCUGUACAAGUAAGAAAAUAUUUUGUCUAAAUGCAUCAGUGUAUUUGUAUUUUUUUGCAAGUGAAGGUUUACAAUUUACAAAAAAGUGUGUAUUAAACCAACAAAGCUGCAGAAGGAAUUUAAAAUAAUAAUAAAGUGUAAUUUUUUUGUUCUAGUUCUCAGUCUGUAUAUAUGUAAAAUGUGGUUUCGCACGGUGCCUUUCUUUUCAAUGGAAGUUUUCAGUGUAUGGACUAUAUUGAGCUCAGUUUUUUCAAGGUACAGCCUGAUGUUGCAAAAGGAGUUUUGGUGGAACUCUUAAGUGGGAGAAUGUUUUAUUUUUUUUUUGUUUUGGAUUUUUUUUUGUCUUAUUUUACAUGCUUGUGUUAUAAACAAUCUCGGGAGACAGGGUUUGGGCUGUGUCUAAACUGCAUUAAUGCGUUCUGUAAAAUAUAGCUGUACAAAUAAAAGAAUAAAAUGAAGAAAAGUG